AAAGCGCAUCACACAUAUAAAGACACAAAAAAAAAUAAGCAGGCUGCGUACGAAAAAUUAAGAAAAUUAAUUAAGCGCUGCGAACGACGAGUUUGUGCUAAAGCAAAUAUACCAUUUUUGUGUGUGUCGUCCUUAUACCAGCAGCAAAAUAACCAAGUUUAAUAUACGCCUUGAUAACAUCAUGUCGAAAAAUAAAAAAUUGUCGCUAUCGGGCGACUCGACAGAGAAAUUCAUCUACAAGCCCAAAGAUUUAAUAUGGGCCAAAAUGAAGGGCUUCACACCAUGGCCGGGAAUGAUUGUGGAGCCGCCGCUAGAUCUGCUCAGCCAGCAGCGACGCGCCAAUACGAAAUGUGUCUUCUUCUUUGGGUCGCGCAACUUCGCCUGGAUUGAAGAGCACAAUAUAAAGCCGUUUGAGGGUCCUUGGAAGGAAGAGCUGGCAAAAGUUAGCAAACCGGCCGCCUUUAGGCACGCCAUGGCCGAUAUUGACAAAUAUGUGGAAAGUCCUGCAGAAAUAGACGGCCAAAUCGAUGAAAGCUGUGGCAUGGCCAAUCACGCCACCGAGGCAGACUUCGACAAGAUACGCGAUGGCCUGGACACCGACGAGAAUGCUGAGACGGCAGCCGAUGGCAACAAUGGCGUUGUCCCCCAUGUCGUUGGCAGUCCCGAUGAGUCGGUUGUGCUGCACACUUGUGGCGCUCACAACAGUGUAAAUGUUGCAACGUCCCCAAUUGUGACAACUACGCCAACUGUCAAGAGUCAAGCGAAACGUACACCCAAAGCUAAGUCCAGCGCCGCUGUCGUUGUCAGCAGCAAGCAAGCGAGCAAAGCGGCCUCUGCGAAAUCAGCGGCAGCACAAAAACGACGUAUCUCGGCACAACACACGCCCACCGGUGCAGGUAGCGCCAAGCGCGGCCGACGCGCUGCAUCCGGCGAGGCGGACCAUUAUGAGAGUCCAGGUGCCGAUUACGAUGUCGGCAGCACAUCAUCGCUGGCAGCAAGAGCUCGUAUUGACACAGAUGCCUUUUUGGGCACGUUAACAAAGCGCACGCCCAACGCAAUUGCGCUGCUGGAUCGACCGGUUGUCACGCGGCCAGAGACACAAGCCAUAGACAUGAAUUCGCGCUCCAAUACAUUGGCAGAUCGUGACAUAGUGCCGUCGGAGCAGACAUUUGGUUUUCUUGGUCUAGGCAUGAUGGGAUCGACUAUUGUCAAGGACUUGAUUUUCACGAAACACAAGGUUGUGGUCUGGAACCGCACCAUUGAUAAGUGUCAGCCCUUUGUUGAUGCUGGCGCUGAGGUUAAGGACACGCCUAUGGAUGUCGUGGAGGCGGCGGACAUAAUAUUUUGCUGUGUGUCAGAUCCCAAAGGUGCCAAAGAUCUCGUCUUCGGCAACUGUGGUGUCCUGCAGCUGAAGGAUUUGCGGAACAAGGCGUACGUGGAAAUGUCGACCAUCGAUCCGGACACGUCAAUGGAUAUUGGAGAGGGCAUCAAGCAAUGUAAUGGCCGAUAUUUGGAGGCACAAAUUCACGGCUCGCGACAAGAGGCCGCCGAUGGCAUGCUUAUCAUAUUGGCCGGCGGUGAUCGCACAGUCUUCGAGGAGUGCCAUUCCUGCUUCAAGACUAUAGCCAAGAACACCUUCUUCUUGGGCACAGAUGUUGGCAACGCCUGUAAAGUGAACCUCAUUUUGCAAACCAUUCUGGGCGUCAGCCUUGUUGGCCUGGCAGAGGCGUUAGCUUUGGCUGAUCGUUUUUCCAUUUCGUUAAACGAUAUCAUAGACAUAUUCGACUUAACUUCUAUGAAAUCGCCGCUGCUGCUAGCAAAGGGCAAAGAAAUGGCCAAGGGCGACUUUAAUCCGCAGCAACCGUUAAGUCAUAUGCAGCGCGACUUGCGUCUUGUACUCAACAUGGCUGAGAAUUUGGAUCAGUCGAUGCCUGUGACGAGCAUUACGAAUGAGGUGUUUAAGCAUACAAAACGCUUGGGGUACAGCGAGCACGAUUCGAGUGCUGUAUUCAGUAACUUCUAUCCAGAUCAAAGUCUAAAGCAAGAAACCAAGCCAAUUAACAUUCUGGCGAACGUGUCAACCAGGCCGGGUCUCUUGUCUCGUUUGGAGAUGCCGCCGCCAAGCUUGAGGCGCGAACGCUGGGCCAGCGUUUGAGAUCAGAUAUACGAGAGAUAAGAAAUUGAGAGAAAGGGAGUGAGAGUGAAGAGAAGAUAAAUAUGAAGAGAAUUGAUGAGUAUUGAUGAGAGACCCAUGUGAGAGACGAGAUCAAAGGGGCGCGCAUAUACACAUAUACAUAGCCAGUUGAUGAAGCAGUUGUGUGUUAGCGGACCGCUUUCAUACCUCCUUGUGCGUUAUAAUUUUAUAGCUCUGAUGUUUUUAACAUUUAUUAUAAUUAUUAUUGUUUUGAUUUAUUUUGGGCAUAAUGUCAGCCGUCGCCGUUGUUCGAGCAAUACGCAUGAAUUCCUUCCCCCCGCACCCUCGAAGGCCGCAGAAAAUGGGCCAGACAUAUGUCAAAGUCUGCAUAUUAUUGAAAUAUAUAUAGGUCGAGCGGCUGCUUCUCUUUUGGUGUUAUGUUAAGGUUGCUUCCCAAGUAAAAAUAAUUUAUAUUAAUAUACAAAUACACAUGUAUUUAUGAUUGUUGGAGAGCAUGCGAUUAAAUUGUACAAAAAGUAUAUAUUUUGAAACAAAAGCAACAGUAAACAAAUUUAAAAUUUCGACAAAAAUAAAAUGAAUACAAAUUAAUAAGGCCUUGCUUGUACGCGGCGCUGGCAACACAUUCAAUUUAAUUUAAACGAAAACAAAUUUUGCAUUAUAGAUAGUUUACUUAUAUCGCACAUAAAUCUAGAACCCAUAUUGCCCAAUGCAAUACCAACUACCAUUUCGUAGUUUUCUUUGUUCAUAAUCAUAAAAACAAACAACAAAAUACAUAACUGGAACAGAAAUAAAAAAAAAUAUAAAAAAAAAAAACAAAACAAAAAUUAUAGUGUAAACAUUUAGAG